AUGGGUCGUAAGUUCAACCGUAGUUUUUAUUCCAUGGUGGCACAAUGGACAGGGCGGAACGAAAAUCAGGGGCAGAGCCAGGGGGUGGCCAAGGCCACUACAGAUGAAUCUUUGGCCAACCCCUGGCCACCGCUUUACCAGCAACAUUUAUGCAGAAGCAUUUUUUGCCGCAGAAGAAGAAGAACCUGUGCGCGUGCGCUCUGGGUGAAGAAGCUGCAGGAGGAGGAGGAUGCUCUGUUUCCCGCCGCCAGAGAAGAGGUUGCAGAUGAUCGACUUGUCCAUUCAGAUAGUAACAGCGAUUGUGGAGUAGAUCCGCCAGUUUCCUCUUCAAAAUGGAUGUCAAGACUUCACACGGAUCAAGAGCACAGCAGUGCAGUUGGGUUUUCAGUAAAAUGCCCAGACCAGAGUGGACCGCCAGACAUUUCCAGAUCUCGAGCUGAAGGUCCAGUCCAGCUACAGCUUGCCGUGUUUCCGAGGACUGCCAUGGGGGGUGCACAAAGAAACUUCCAAGCCUCAUGGUAUUCCCAUCAUACAUGGAUUGAAUAUUCUCAGUGCAAGGAUGCUGUUUAUUGUUAUGCCUGCAGGAACUUUGUUCUUCCAAACACUGACUCAGUGUUCACUUCUGAUAGAGGCUAUAAAAAUGGGAAAAAGGCUAUGCUCAAAGACAGAGGCUUUGCAUCCCAUGCUAAGUGUGAGGCACACAUCAAUGUUAUGUUAGCCUGGAAAAAACAAGUCAUUUUUGAUGUCUUAAUUGUCACAAGAGCACAAAAAAAAACAGAGGAAAACCGUGACUAUAUUAAAAGUGUAGCUGAAGUUUUACUGUCAACUGCAACACUAAACAUUACACAAAGGGGUCAUAAAGAGACAGUGGAUUCAGGCAACAAGGGCAACUUUGUUGCUAUAUUAGAGGUUCUUGGUAAUCAUGACUUAGUCAUGAAAAAGAAAUUGAAAACCGUUAAUGCUAAAUACACAAGCAACCAAAGUGAAAAUGAAUUGUUGGACACAUUAGCAGAAAUGGUGCGCUCCACCAUUAUCAGUGAGGUCAAAGAGAGUCAAGUGUUUGCCCUUAUGACAGAUGAAACCAAAGAUGCAAAAAAGAAAGAACAGAUUUCUCUUGUUCUUAGGUAUUACUACAGGGGAACUGUAAAAGGGAGCUUUUUGCACUUUAAAGCUGCAGAGCAUCUUAAUGCUGCAGGGUUGGCAAACAAAAUAAUACACAUCCUUGAAAAAUACGGGCUGGAAUAUAGGGACAAUUUGGGCGGACAAGUUUAUGAUUGAGCAUCAGUCAUGAGCGGCAAGAACUCUGGAGUUCGGGCUCGUGUUAUGUACAUUGUGAUGCCCACCGCCUUAAUCUAGUUCAUGUGGAUAUGGUUAAAGCUAUCCCUGAAGUAGAGUGCUUCUUUUCUCUUGUGCAAAGACUGUACACAUUCAUGUCUGGGUCCUAUGUUCACACCAAAUGGCUCAAAAAGCAGAAAGAAAUGUAUGACAGGGCACCAAGGGAGCUACAGAGGUUAAGUGACACUCAGUGGGCCUGCCAACAGAAGGCUUGUAAAACCAAUUUUGAUAGACUGGCCGCAAUUGUCAGUGUCCUAGAAGAAAUAUCGGAAGAAAGGCACGGUGAUAGGUCAGUUGAUGCAAGAGGUCUGCUUACCCAUAUUGACCUCCAGUUUGUAGGGCUUCUAGUUACAAUGACUAGGCUCUUUGGUGAGGCAUGAUGCCUCUCCGAUGCUCUGCAGUCUCCUAAUCUGGAUUUAAGUUUAGCUGAUGAUUUGGUUGAGGCUCUUGUGCUAACUCUUAAGGACUGCAGGGCUGAAAAACACUUGGAAGAGCUGUGUAAAGAAGUUCUCCAUACAGCUGAACAGUGCAAUAUUGAGACUGAUCCUGCACCUAAAAGAAAGAAAACACUCAGCAAAAGGCUUGAUGAGCAUUCUGUCAUGUGCCAGCUUGGUGGGCGUCCUGAGCAAAAGACGGACCAUUUUCACUCAGGGUUAUUUUAUCCAGUCCUUGACCAUAUGCUCACUGAGAUCAACAGAUGGUUUUCUAAACCAAACUGUCAAGUGAUGAGGGGCAUUCAGGCAUUGAAUCCUACAAAUACUACAUUUUGUGAUGAAGCAGCUCUGUUACCCUUUGCAUCUAUUUAUGGAAGUAACACUGAAGACAUGAGUUACAUCAGCUAAAAAGAAUCCUAGAGAGGAAAAGCCAAGCAGGCCUAGAAAAACCAUCUAACAUAGUUGAACUAACCAAAUUCAUUGAGCCCCACCAUGAGGUGUUUGAUGAGGUCUUUAGGUUGUGUAAAAUAGCAGUCACUAUACCUGUGAAUACAGCUGCCUGUGAAAGGAGCUUUUCAGCACUGAAGCUUAUUAAAAGUUACCUAAGAUCAACCAUGGAUGAUGAAAGAUUGAGUAACCUGGGUGUUUUGAGUGUGGAGUCUAAACGAGCCACCUCCCUUGACAUGGAUGAAUUUGUAAAUUAGUUUGCUUUGAAUCACAGCAACCAAAGAAUACGACUUCUGUAAGUUUGUUUGGCAAAACAAGAAUGUGUUCUGUGAUAUUGUAGAUAUUGUAAUGGGAUUUGUACAUAAAAUUUGUAAAUCAAGUUUGAGAAUCAACAUGAGAAUGCAACUUUGUGGGUUUGUUUGAUAAAAGUGACUUUUGUAACAUUCUCAUGUGUUUACAUUAUAAUAACCGUGUCAGCUUUAUAACCAAUUAAAAGACACCACCUUUUUCAGAUUUAUUUUUAUUUUUUUUUUAAAUC